GCAUCAUAUGCCUGUCUUUCCCUCCUCUACCGACCCGAACGAACUGGAUGAUUGGUAAACGGAGACCAAGAUCAACAGUCAGCGGAGAAUCACGUCCAAGAUGCUUCUCGACAAGCCUCGCAUGUUGGCCGCCGCCGCCACCGUCACCGCCAGUCUGUUGUUGUUACCUGCCACCGCCGCCGCGGCUUCAGGGUACAGGACUGUGAACUCGACCUUUGGGGAUUACGCCAUUCGAUACAAGUCCUGGGCGGCCGACGAUACGAAGCUCUGCAACGGCGGUUCGGCUCACCAUGCGGGCUGGGCCGACAUGGACGACCGCCACCUCUUCUUCUGGUACCAUGAAGCUCGGCAUGAUCCAGCCUCGGCCCCUCUCGUGAUAUGGCACCAAGGGGGCCCCGGAGGCAGCUCUCUCCACGGCAUGUUGUUCGAGAAUGGCCCGUGUCUGAUCGAUGGACCCAACGCCACCAGGUUCAACCCGAACUCCUGGACAGAGCAUUUCAACGUCGUGUACCUGGACCAGCCGGCCGGCGUGGGCUUCUCCUACGUCGACAACAGGACCGACGGGACGCCGCCGGCCAUGCCGUCCCGCACGCCGGCGUCGUCUCUAGACUCCGUCGCCUUCAUCCGGCUGCUGUACGAGGCCUUCCCCCGGCUCGCGUCCGUCGACCUUCACCUGUCCGGAGAGUCGUUUGCCGGACGCUACGUCCCCACGCUCGCCGCCAGCAUCCUCGAGUACAACUCCUUCUUCGACCACACGCCGGACGCCCGCGGCGCCGUCAUCCCCCUGCGGUCCAUCUUGGUCGGGAACCCGUGGAUCGACCCGGCCGUCCAGGCGCCCUCCAUGCACGAAGUCAGCUGCUUCGACGGCUGGCGGGGCGAGUAUCCCAGGCACCUCGAGGAGGACGACUGCAAGUCCCUCGGAGGAGCCCUGCCGCGGUGCGAGAAGCUGCUGCGCGCCUGCGAGCAGGGCAGCGCCGCGUCGCCCUUGUGCGCCAUGGCCGUCGACGCGUGCGGGGCCGACUACCUGGAGGUCUUCCAGAAGGCCACGCGCAGCGUCUACGACAGGCGGCGCAGGCACUGCCCGGGUCCGGGGAACUGCUACCCGGACGUCGCGGACCCCGUCCGGUAUCUCAACUCGCCGGCGGUCCUGGACGGCGAGUUCGAGAUCGCGCUGCGGACGCGGGGCGCCAAAACCAGGUGGGAGAUGGAGGACUGGCCCACGUUCCAGAGGUUCUCGGCAUCGGGCGACUACGUCGCGCCGACGACGGCCGCGCUCCGUGCGCUGCUGGAGUAUUCUCGCGAUAUUAGCAAGAAAGCCGGUGGCGGAUCCCGGAGGCCGCUCGAUGUGCUCUUGUACGUCGGGGUGACGGACAUCAUCUGCAACCCCGACGGCGUCCUCGAGGCGCUCCGGGGCAUCGAGUGGGAGGGCAAGGCGUCCUUCCGAGGCACGCCGUGGGCAGAACUGCCGUGGGAGACGUCGUCUGGUGGACGGGCCGGCCGGGUCAAGUCGGUUCCCGGCCUUUGGUUGGCAGAGGUCGAAGAGGCCGGCCACAUGGUCCCGUACGACCAGCCGGUGUCCUCACUGAAACUCGUCAAACACUGGCUCGAUCACCUCGACGGGCAGGACGUAAAGGGACGACGCCCUGUUUCCGAGGCCGCGGCCUUCUCACAGGAUCAGUCUGGCCAAUCUGUGUUGGAGGACGACAGGGGCGUUGAGCUGUGAGAACUCAAGGCGUGUGUGGUUCCUCCUGUUUGCAACUCUACCGAGGCUUCAAUGUCCAUCAUAUCUACUACCAUCACCAUCUUGUAUCAAUCAGUAUUCAACCAGUCUUUCAUGUACUUGAGUCGAUAGUUCCUCAUAUAACAUCCGUACAAGCAUUCGCACCCAUGUACACAACGUCCCGGAAAUGACCUCGUCCGCCAAAGUCGCCAAAGACGGCGAUCCUCCGCUGGCGCGAUGAACACGUCGCAUCCCUCCUGUGGUCCUCGUCGUAGCUGUCGAUCGCGAAACGGACCGACCGGCCGCGGUACCUCUCCCUGACGACCAUCUCCAUAAGCCGCUCCAUGUACAGCAUCUCGUUCCGCUCCACCGCCGGCAGGUCCCUGUCUUUCCCGAACCGGGGGAGCACGCCCUCAAGCACCGCCGUGGCGAUUGAGGCGCCUUCGGACACCAGAGCGGUCAUGUAGAGCAGCGUCAGGACGUUUGGCUCGCCGAACGCCGCCGCCGGCCACGCCGGCCCGGUCUUCAGCAGUAUGCCGAGCGCGACCCUCGCCAGGACGUCCGAGUCCAACACGGACGCGUGCUUGGGAUCCCGCCGGGCCUGGUAUCGGGACUGGAGAUGCAGACACGUCAUGCGGGAGAUCAGGUACAGCGAGUAGUCGAUGGCCGCGCUGCGGUCGGGGAUGUCGUAAGGGACGACGGCCCCAAAGCCACCCCCGGCGACCACGCCCUCGGCGCCCGUCCCGAGACACGGCACGGGGAGGUCGUUCC